AUGAGUCGCCCUCAGGCCUACGCAAGCACAGCCGACACCAUCACCUGAGGCUUCGUCACGGAGCUCAUAGUUGGGGUCCCUGACUCUCGCACUUGCCCAGUGGCAAGCUCGACACUUCAUCUUUGUGGCCUCCCCCGGGCCCGUAGCCCGCCGUCUCAAACGUCGUUGACUUCUUGAUUUACCUGUUUUCCCCGCGGCAUCCGAUUCCCAACUACCCCGCCUCUGGUCCCCCUCUGCCGGGCAUCCGCCUGCCAACAUCAAACAUGCCCAUCGUGAACCACGUCGUCCUCGCCUCGGGCGCCGUCGUCGCCGUCUCGGUGGCCGUCGCCGCCGCGAUGGCUAUGUACGAGUCGCCUGAGCUGCGACGCUACGCCGACGACAUACGUCGACGCAUAGCCAUGACCCUGCACUCGAUCGGCGACGGCAUCAACCCGCCAUAUCGCGAGCCCCGAUUCAACAGACCCGAGGAUGCCGAGGGCUUCAUGUUGUCCAGCGGCGGACACCGCUCCUGUGCCGAGCCCGGCGUCGAUGCCGAUGAAGAGACCCGCAGGAGGCAGCGUGAGGAGCUCCUCUACUGGAACAGGGUAUUACUGGAAAAGAAGGAUCAGGAAGAAAAGCAGCCGGCCGCACUUCCGGCCCCUCCAAAGAGACCAGCUGGUGCCCACCGGGGGUCGUCCUUUGAUGACUUCUUGCGCAAGGAUGAGGGAUCCGAGACAGGCGCGUAUGUGUUCAAGACCGGCGCAGAGGUGCAAGACUCUCAGCCUGGGCUUCGGCACCGCGGUGAAGGCUCGCGGGGGUUCUCCUCUGCGCUCUACAGCAACCCGUUCGCGGACGAGCAUCACAUCGAUGGCGACGAUAUUGCUGAGAUGAGCGCCACCUUCAUCGCGCCCGGAAAGGACGAAGGCCUGUCGGAUAUCUACAGCGCCACUACGCGCGAGGGUGACGACGUGCGCAGCGCCACGCUGGAGGCAUCGCCCGCCCUAAUCGACCUCGCUUCCCACACGGAGACGUUGCAGCAGUCUCCGUCCGAGCUCCCAUGUACGCUGGAGCGUCAUCUGCCCGACGACGAGUACAUGUCUGCCGGGCAGGAGGACCGCCACGAGGCGUACGCCUCCAUCCAGGCGUGGGCGCAAGACUCGAGCCGCAACUUCUAUUCGCCCCUGCCGGUAACGCCUGCGGCGCCCAUGUCGGAGCCGGAGCUCGUCAGCGACGAUGGCCAGCUGACGCCGACGGAUUCGGUGUCGCUGGUCGGGUCCGGCGAGGAUCUCGCGCAGGACGUGCGCUCGCUGCGGGCGGCUGAGACGGGGCGGCCGUACGACGUGAUGAGUGCCAGCGAGGGCGUGUUGACGCCAGUGAGCUGGUCCGAGGUGGGCAGCGUCGUCAGCGAGAGCGACGCCCACGGUCCCGUGCGCGCAUAGAGAAGGAGGCAGGGGUACAGUAGGCCAGAGAAAAGCGAGGCGAAAGGACCAGAUUCCUAGACUCAUUGUCAUCGGCGUUACGGACGUUUGAUUCUGCGAAGAAUACGGUAGGGCGUUGGAAACGGUUAAUUGCGGACUAUUGGAUAUCAGGUCUCAUAUCACUGGCCACGAACAAAUGGCCGUCCUAUCUCUCGAUUUACAGUUUAUACCAAUAUUUCUUUGAAUGCUUAUAUGCAACCCUUUGCGCCG